AUGCCUAUCUCUAAGAUCCACGCCCGCUCUGUCUACGAUUCUCGUGGUAACCCCACCGUUGAGGUGGACGUUGUCACUGAGACCGGCCUUCACCGUGCUAUUGUUCCUUCUGGAGCUUCUACCGGUCAGCACGAGGCUCACGAACUCCGUGAUGGUGACAAGACCAUGUGGCUCGGAAAGGGUGUCCUGACUGCCGUCAAGAACGUCAACGAAAUCAUUGGCCCCGCCCUCAUCAAGGAGAACCUCGAUGUCAAGGACCAGUCCAAGGUUGAUGAGUUCAUCAACAAGCUCGACGGAACCCCCAACAAGGCUAAGCUCGGUGCCAACGCCAUCCUGGGUGUCAGUCUGGCCAUUGCUAAGGCUGGUGCUGCCGAGAAGGGUGUCCCUCUUUAUGCUCACAUCUCCGACUUGGCUGGAACCAAGAAGCCUUAUGUUCUGCCCGUUCCCUUCCAGAACGUUCUGAACGGUGGUUCCCACGCUGGUGGCCGUCUGGCUUUCCAGGAAUUCAUGAUUGUUCCCGACACUGCUUCCUCUUUCUCGGAGGGUCUCCGCCAGGGUGCUGAGGUCUACCACAAGCUUAAGGCUCUGGCCAAGAAGAAGUACGGCCAGUCUGCUGGCAAUGUCGGUGAUGAGGGUGGUGUUGCUCCCGAUAUUCAGACCGCCGAGGAGGCUCUCGACCUGAUCACCGAGGCCAUCGAGCAGGCCGGCUACACCGGCAAGAUUCACAUCGCUAUGGACGUUGCCUCCAGCGAGUUCUACAAGGUCGACGCCAAGAAGUACGAUCUGGACUUCAAGAACCCCUCCAGCGACCCCUCCAAGUGGCUCACCUACGAGCAGCUUGCUGAUCUCUACAAGUCCCUUGCUGCCAAGUACCCCAUUGUCAGCAUUGAGGACCCCUUCGCUGAGGAUGACUGGGAGGCCUGGAGCUACUUCUACAAGACCUCUGACUUCCAGAUUGUUGGUGAUGACUUGACCGUUACCAACCCUCUCCGUAUCAAGAAGGCCAUCGAGCUCAAGUCCUGCAACGCUCUUCUGCUCAAGGUUAACCAGAUCGGUACCCUUACCGAGUCCAUCCAGGCCGCCAAGGACUCUUACGCCGACGGCUGGGGUGUCAUGGUGUCCCACCGCUCCGGUGAGACCGAGGAUGUUACCAUUGCCGAUAUCGCCGUCGGUCUGCGCGCUGGACAAAUCAAGACUGGUGCCCCCGCCCGAUCUGAGCGUCUGGCUAAGCUGAACCAGAUCCUCCGUAUCGAGGAGGAGCUUGGUGAGAACGCCAUCUACGCUGGCGAGAACUUCCGCAAGGCUGUCAACCUGUAA